AUGGAAAAAGAGAAAUUUACAUCACAUGAAGGGUUAAGACAAACAGUCGAAUAUUCAAAAUCAGCCAGAUCAUCUUGCAAGAAAUGUAAAGGAACAAUUGGAAUGGAUACAAUUAGAGUUGGAACAGAGACACCGUCACGUGUUUUCGAUGGUUACGAUGUCAAAUAUUACCAUUUAAGUUGUAUGGACUUCCCAAAGUUAAAAAUCUUUUAUAUUAAUCAAUUAAAGCAUUAUGAAUUAUUAAGAUGGGAUGAUCAAUUAAAAAUUAGAAAAAUUUUAGGUCAAACUGAUGAUGGAUUAAAUUUAGCUUUAUCAACUUAUUAUAAUGAAGUUUGGAGAAUUAAAGAUAUUUUAAUUAGUGAAUUAAAACCAGCAAUUAUUAAAAAAUUAUUUUUAGAAUUUUAUCCAAAAUUGGAUUCAUUAUCACCAAGUUAUUAUCUUCACUUUUUGGCCGAUGGUUUAUCAUAUGGUCGUAUUGGUCCAUGUCCAUCUUGUAAUGGUUUAACUGUUUUAUAUGAUGGUAAAAAUUAUUAUUGUAGGGGUUUCUCAAGUUCAUUUUCUCGUUGUACUUGGCAUGGUCAAGAGGUUAAAAGAUAUCGUUUCAUAAUUCCAAAGGAAUUAAUGCCAAAAACUUCUUUCUUUAAAGGUUAUACAUUUUCACAAAUUCAUCCAUAUGAAGUAUUAGAAUAUAAAGAAACAGAAGGUAUAAAUAGUACUAAAGAAACAGAAAUUCCAACAUUUUCAGCUUUAUCAAUUUCAGAUUCAAAAGAUAAUGGUAGUAAUAAUAAUAAUAAUAAUAAUAAUGAUGAUGAUAAUAAUAGUUUCUUUUAUAAAAAAUCACCAAUUAAAAAAAAUUCAACAUUAUUAAAAGUUGAUCCAUCAUUUAGUAAUGCAAAUAAAGGUGAAAUUUUAGUAUUAGAAGAUGAUGUUUAUGGUUAUGUUGCAUAUAAUGUUUUAAUGAAUUUAACUGAUUUAAUUCAUAAUAAUAAUUCAUAUUAUAUUUUACAAAUUAUUAAAACUGGUGAUACAUCGUAUUGGGUAUAUUGUAAAUGGGGUCGUAUUGGUGUUAGUAAUGGCGGUACAAUGCAACAUAGUCAUACAUCAUUAAACAAAGCAUUAAAAGAAUUUGGUGAAAGAUUCACUGAUAAAACUGGUAUUGAAUGGAAUGAUAGAGGUAAAUAUAAGAAACAAAAUGGUAAAUAUGCAAUCAUCGAUUUAGAAGAGAAUGUUGGUGAAUUUAGUAGUGGUGGUGAUAAUGAAGUAGAAGCACCAAUUGUUGCACCAGUUAAUACAAAACCAUCAAAAUUAUUACAACCAGUUCAAUCACUUGUAAAUACAUUAUUUGAUUCAGAAUUAAUGAAGAAAUCAUUAACAUCACUUCAAUUUGAUGUACAAAAGAUGCCAUUGGGAAAGUUAUCACAGAAUCAAAUUAAUAAAGCCUAUGAAGUAUUGAAUAGAAUUCAAGAGCUUUUAGAAACCAUUGAAAAACAAUCACCAUUACAACCAUUGUCACCAACUGCCCAACACAAUAUUAAAAGUGAAAUUAUGGCAGAGUCUUCAAAAUUCUAUACACAUAUUCCACAUCGUUUCGAGGGUGGUCUCAUGAGUAAAAUACCACCAAUCGAUAAUAAAGAACUCUUGGUCAAAUGUAUUAGAUUGGUAGAUGCAUUAAGUGAAAUAGAGGUCGUAAAUCAAUUGAAAAGAUUAAGUACAUCCACCAGUGGUAAUUCAACCGACGACAACUAUAAUCUCUUAAAGGCCGAUAUUAAACCAUUGGAAAGAGAUUCUUUUCUCUUUCGUAAUAUUGAAGAGUUUGCACUUUCUACCGUUGAUCCAAGUUUGGGUUAUAGUAUCGAUGUAUUGGAUGUUUUCAAGGUUGAUAGAAUUGGUGAUGAUCAAUUUUCUCAAUGGGAAUCAAAUCACAAUAGAAUGUUAUUAUUCCAUGGUAGUAGAAUUCAAUCUUGGUGUAGUAUUCUUCCAAAUGGUUUAAAGAUCGCCUCACCAUUAUCUCCAAAAUCUGGCUAUCGUCUUGGUAAAGGUGUCUAUCUAGCUGAUUGCAUUUCUUUAUCAGGUUUAUACACUGGUGCCACAAAAGAGAAUCCAACCGCUAUUAUCGCCAUUUGUGACGUUGCUUUGGGUAAUAGCGCCGCAUUAUACCAUGAUACCUACAUGGAGGAACCACAAUUAGGAUAUCUAAGUACAAAAGCCUUGGGUAAAAGACAACCAGCUCUCUAUGACCAAUUGAAUGGUUGCUAUCAAGAUAAAGAUGAAUUUAUACCAUCUUCAGUAUUAAAAGGUCCCAUCAUUGAAACUGGUAGUAUUGUAACAUUUUUUACUCCCAAUGAAUAUGUAAUCUAUAAUAAUUCUCAAUGUAGAAUUAAAUAUCUUUUAAAAUUAAGAUUAAACUUUGAUUAA